AUGCUCAGGACUCUCGCGCUCCUCAUAAUCGUCGCGCAAACGACGGCGCGCGUGAACAAUGCACCCGUCUGCGCCAUAGGCCUGAAAAAAGGCGCCAGGGUGAGACUCCCGGGCGGCGCGCGUCGCGCGUCGCCAGCGCUCCAAAUUCGCGUACGAAAGCAGUUGCCCAUACCCAUAAUAAACGGAGCCCACGUGGCCCAACUCAAGAAUUGCCGCGAAGACGUCGGCGCGUUCCGCCAGACGUGCUGCGCGUUACCGGAGGCGCUCCCCUUCGUCCACGCUUUCAAUGAAACGCGCGAGCCCUUCAACACUACA